UGCCCGUCCGAGAAGAAAGAAACCAGAAAGCACGGUCGCACCGGACUACGGUUAGCGACCAUAAUAAAACCAGGACACCGCGGACGGAGAGCGUCAGGUCCUCCCCCGCUCCGCUCAUCUUGGGAAGGAAGCAAAGCAGAGCCGCGCCGCCGAGGAGGAUAUGGCCGAGGCCGACGACGCCGCCGCCGCCCGCCGGCGCACGGUCAUCACGGAGUACCGCAACAAGCUCCUGAACUGCCGCGAGCUGGAGACGAGGGUCCGCACAGGUAGGGAAAACCUAAAGAAGGCGAAGAAAGAUUACGAUAAAACUGAAGAUGAUUUGAAGUCCUUGCAGAGUGUGGGCCAAAUCAUUGGUGAAGUACUUCGACCAUUGGACAGUGAAAGAUUUAUCGUCAAAGCCAGUAGUGGCCCACGUUAUGUGGUUGGCUGCAGAAGCAAAGUUGACAAAGAAAAGCUGACAGCUGCAACACGAGUUGUCCUUGACAUGACAACAUUAACAAUAAUGCGCACUCUACCACGUGAGGUUGAUCCCGUGGUCUAUAACAUGCUACACGAAGACCCCGGCAAUGUCAGUUACUCAGCUGUAGGUGGACUGUCGGAUCAAAUAAGGGAGCUGCGGGAGUCCAUCGAGUUACCUCUUAUGAAUCCAGAAUUGUUUCUUCGUGUUGGGAUUAAACCACCAAAGGGCGUUCUGCUCUAUGGCCCACCUGGAACGGGAAAGACAUUGCUUGCUAGAGCCAUUGCUAGCAACAUCGAUGCUAACUUUUUAAAGAUUGUUUCAAGUGCUAUCAUUGACAAAUAUAUUGGUGAAAGUGCACGUCUUAUAAGAGAAAUGUUUAACUAUGCACGUGAGCAUCAACCAUGUAUUAUUUUCAUGGAUGAGAUUGAUGCCAUUGGUGGCCGAAGAUUCAGUGAGGGCACUAGUGCAGAUCGUGAAAUACAACGGACAUUGAUGGAGCUCCUAAAUCAGUUGGAUGGAUUCGAUGAGCUCGGAAAGGUGAAGAUGAUCAUGGCGACGAACCGGCCUGAUGUCUUGGACCCUGCGCUCCUUCGUCCUGGACGCCUAGACCGGAAGAUAGAGAUUCCGCUGCCGAAUGAGCAAUCCAGGACGGAGGUCCUGAAAAUCCAUGCAGCUGGUAUCGCCAAGCAUGGCGAAAUUGAUUACGAGGCUGUGGUUAAGCUGGCCGAGGGCUUCAAUGGCGCUGAUCUUCGCAAUGUCUGCACUGAGGCUGGCAUGGCCGCCAUUCGAGCAGAGCGUGACUACGUCAUCCACGAAGACUUCAUGAAGGCAGUUCGGAAGUUGAAUGACGCCAAGAAGCUCGAGUCCAGCGCACACUACAGCGCCGACUUUGGCAAGGACUAAGAUGAGAGUAGGAGACUAUCAGGCGACGCGCUGUCUGUUUUCUUGUACCAUGGCGGAGUUUGUCACACCGACCCCGACGAUAUAGAACAUCAUGUGUUUCUACCUUUUAUAUGUUGUGGGACGACUGCCUUUGCCGCGCAAGUUGAUGUAAUGAAAAGUUGAAACAGGUCUGAAACCGACUGGUUUCUUAGAUUUACAAAAUUGUUUCCUUCAAGUUACUGUGCCUUGAUUGUGGAAUCAAAAAAAUGUGGAAACAUUCGCGA